UUAAAAAGAAAGCAGAAGUAAGGCAACAAUGACGCUAUCCUUGCAAAACAGCUAGUUCUGGAAAUUGUCCACAAUGAUAAUUUAAAGAGGCAUAUACUCGGACUGAGAAAAGUCAAGAUGGAAGAAGAAGGACUGACAUAUGCACAAUUAAUUUUCCACAAUCAGUCGCAGACUUCAAGUUCCAAAACUUCACUCCCACAGGAGAGAAAAGGACAAGCACCAACGAAGGUUAAAAGCAAAGAAGUCAACAGUAAUCCUUUGUGGUUCCUCCUUGCAUUUAUCUUCUUCAUCAUCAGCUUACUUCUUUUGAUCACUAUCAUUGCCUUGGCCAUAACCUACUCAAGGGCAUCUCAACGACUUGUUCAUGAGGUUUUGAAGAACAGCAAUCUGACAAAGGAACAAAACCAGAUGAAGAAGACUUUGUCUCUGCUGAAAAAUGCCCGAUGCAUGACAACAGGCAGUGGAAGUCAGUGUACAAGCUGUCAGGUUGGCUGGUGGUUAUAUUCUGGAAGCUGUUACUACCUUUCAAAUGAUAAGCUGACAUGGGAUGAUAGCAGAAAGAACUGCUCUAAUUCUCAAUCAGAUUUAGUGGUUGUCAACAAUAAUGAUGAAAAGGAAUUUCUGAAAAAGAAUAUCCAUGAGUCUCACUGGAUUGGACUAGCCAAUAAAGAAAAGGAAGGACGUUGGCAAUGGGUGGAUAACACAAGCUACACUACAACACCAAAGUUUUCAUCCUACUAUAAAAGAAUAAACAGAGAUAACAAAGACUGUGUAACACUAAUUACCGAAUUUGAUUAUGACAACUGCAAUGAAACCAGAAAGUGGAUUUGUGAGAAAAAGGCACAACAACUUCCUCUAUGAAGCCAUGAUCAAAAUCACUUAAAACAAACAUUGUAUAAUUAGAUUGUUUCUAUCUUUAACAGAUUUGACAAUAUUCACUUUUACUCUCUUUUGCUGAAUUGAAAUUAAUUAUCAUAUCUGCAGUAAUAAAUUGACAAAAGUAACAUUUUCUUCUGCAUUAAUUUACAAUGGUGCUAUAUCACAGGAGAUUUUUUUCGGUACUAUAAGUUUGAUUGUGAAUAUAAAGGAGCAUAUAUUUGUUUUCACAGACAGUAAGGAUGGGUAGAAGGACUUACCCUUGUUUGUCAGCUAACCCUAAUCCUACCCUUAACCUUGCAUAUUACCUUAUGAUAAAAUCAUCUUUUUUUCAUAACAGUACCACUGCAUUAGACACUGAGACAAACUUUCCAUAAAUUACACACACAUGCACAAUACUAACACAAUCCCCUUACCUAGCCUUAUUCUAACCUGAACCCACAAACACUCACACACAUGGUUCAGCAUUAACAGACAAACUCACUUCCUCUAAUUCAGACUACAUACACUAUGCACACUCAACCACAGACAUUCUGACAUACUGUAAACUCAGCUCUCAAAAAUAAGUGUGAAAAACAUAGCACUUCACCUUGCUGGCAAAGACCACAGUCAACAAAGUGAACAACUCCCAUAUAUAAAUAAAUGCAGAUAAUAUUUAUUUUACUCACUCAAGGUCCAGCUGCUUGUGACUCAUUACUUAAACCUGUAUGCUCAUCUGGGUAAAUA